AUUGGCUGCGACGGAUCCUCGCGUACCGGUGGCUAUGGAGGCGGCGGCGGUUGAUGGUUGACCGUUGGCUCCAGGGCUGGGGUCGCCGCUCCGGCGAUCCUCUCAGACCCUACCAGAGUGCGCGAGCUGCUGCCGUUCUGCCUGGAGCCCACGGGCGAAGCUUAAUUCGGCUCCGCCAUGCCGGCCGGGAGUAACGAGUCGGACGGCGUCCUCAGCUAUCAGAGACCCGAUGAAGAAGCGGUUGUGGAUCAGGGUGGGACCAGUACAAUUCUCAACAUUCACUAUGAGAAAGAAGAGUUGGAAGGUCAUAGAACGCUGUACGUGGGGGUUCGGAUGCCGCUGGGCCGGCAGAGCCACCGGCACCACCGAACCCAUGGCCAGAAGCACCGGAGACGAGGACGAGCCAAAGGAGCCGGCCAGGGGGAGGAAGGCCAGGAGGCCCUGGCCCAUGACACACCAUCUCAGCGAGUUCAGUUCAUUCUUGGUACUGAGGAAGAUGAAGAGCAUGUGCCUCAUGAGCUGUUCACAGAGCUAGAUGAGAUCUGUCUGAAAGAGGGAGAAGAUUCUGAGUGGAAGGAAACAGCCAGGUGGCUGAAGUUUGAAGAAGAUGUGGAGGAUGGGGGAGAACGCUGGAGCAAGCCUUAUGUAGCCACCCUUUCAUUGCACAGUCUCUUUGAGCUAAGAAGCUGCCUUAUUAAUGGAACAAUCCUUCUGGAUAUGCGUGCAAACAGCAUAGAAGAAAUUUCAGACCUUAUUCUGGACCAGCAAGAACUGUCCAGUGAUAUGAAUGAGACCAUGAGGAUUAAAGUGCGGGAAGCCCUUCUCAAAAAGCAUCAUCAUCAGAAUGAAAAGAAGAGAAACAACCUCAUUCCCAUUGUUCGUUCCUUUGCUGAAGUUGGCAAGAAGCAGUCUGAUCCACAUUCAAUGGAUAAAAAUGGUCAAAUGGUGUCUCCACAGUCUGUUCCAACUACUAAUCUUGAAGUGAAAAAUGGAGUGAAUUGUGAACACAGUCCUGUGGAUUUAAGCAAGGUGGACCUUCAUUUCAUGAAAAAAAUUCCCACUGGGGCAGAGGCCUCAAAUGUCUUGGUUGGAGAGGUGGAUACUCUGGACCGCCCUAUCAUUGCCUUUGUGAGGCUCUCUCCGGCUGUUCUUCUCUCAGGCCUGACAGAAGUGCCGAUCCCAACAAGGUUUUUGUUUGUUUUGUUGGGUCCAGUAGGUAAAGGUCAGCAGUAUCAUGAAAUUGGCAGAUCUAUGGCCACAAUCAUGACAGAUGAGAUUUUUCAUGAUGUGGCAUAUAAGGCAAAAGAGAGAGAUGACCUCCUGGCAGGAAUUGAUGAGUUCCUGGAUCAGGUGACAGUGCUCCCUCCAGGGGAGUGGGAUCCCUCUAUUAGAAUUGAGCCACCCAAAAAUGUCCCUUCCCAGGAGAAAAGGAAAAUGCCUGGAGUUCCAAAUGGAAACAUUUGCCACAUAGAACUGGAACCACAUGGGGGCCACAGUGGGCCAGAACUUCAGCGCACUGGGCGGCUUUUUGGGGGCUUGGUGCUGGACAUCAAGCGGAAGGCCCCCUGGUACUGGAGCGACUACCGGGAUGCACUCAGCUUGCAGUGUUUGGCCUCCUUUCUGUUCCUGUACUGUGCCUGCAUGUCACCUGUCAUCACCUUUGGGGGAUUGCUCGGAGAAGCCACUGAGGGACGCAUUAGUGCAAUUGAAUCCUUGUUUGGAGCCUCCAUGACUGGGAUUGCCUAUUCCUUGUUUGCAGGACAAGCUCUCACCAUCUUGGGAAGCACUGGGCCAGUGCUUGUGUUUGAAAAGAUUUUGUUCAAAUUCUGCAAAGACUACGCUCUUUCAUACCUCUCCCUGCGAGCUUGUAUUGGACUAUGGACCGCUUUCCUGUGUAUUGUCCUUGUAGCAACUGAUGCAAGUUCCCUUGUCUGCUACAUUACCCGCUUCACUGAAGAAGCAUUUGCCUCCCUGAUUUGCAUUAUUUUCAUCUAUGAAGCAAUAGAAAAGCUAAUUCACCUGGCAGAGACCUACCCCAUCCACAUGCACAGCCAGCUGGACCAUCUUAGCCUCUAUUAUUGCAGGUGUACUAUCCCUGAGAAUCCAAACAAUCACACUCUACAGUUCUGGAAGGACCAUGAUAUCAUGGCAACGCAAAUCAACUGGGCUAACCUGACUGUUAGUGUAAGUUUGGGAGUUGCCAGAUGCCCUAGCAUGGUGACCAUCAGUUUUAAGAAGAACUUCAAGGUGAAAGUGGGAUAGUCCUUUAGCAAGCUCUGGUGUUUUCAG